GCUCUAUAUAAAAUGGGCGCGGCGGUUGAGUCGGGGCUCCACUCCGGCUUGGGCAGCGGGUGGGUGCAGAGCGGGCGCUGAGGUCCUUACAUUGGCUGCGGAGCCCUCGUGACUGCGGUAGGGACAGCCAUGCCCUUCUCAAACAGCCACAACCUCCUGAAGAUGAAGCACUCUGCUGAUGAUGAGUUCCCCGACCUGAGCGCGCACAACAAUCACAUGGCCAAGGUGCUGACCCUGGACCUGUACAAGAAGUUGAGGGACAGGCAGACUUCCAGUGGAUUUACGCUGGAUGAUGUCAUUCAGACCGGGGUUGAUAACCCAGGCCAUCCCUUCAUAAUGACAGUAGGAUGCGUAGCUGGCGACGAAGAAUCCUAUGAAGUGUUUAAGGAACUCUUUGAUCCAGUUAUUGAAGACAGGCAUGGUGGCUACAAACCAACUGAUGAGCACAAGACCGACCUGAAUGCUGAUAACCUGCAGGGUGGUGAUGACUUGGAUCCUAAUUAUGUGCUGAGCUCUCGUGUGAGAACUGGCAGGAGCAUCCGUGGAUUGCUUCCCCCUCAUUGCAGCAGGGGAGAGAGACGGGCUAUUGAAAAGCUCUCUGUUGAAGCUCUGGGCAGUCUGGGAGGUGAUCUCAAGGGGAAGUACUAUGCCCUGAGGAACAUGACCGAUGCAGAGCAGCAGCAGCUGAUUGAUGAUCACUUCUUGUUUGACAAACCCGUUUCUCCUCUUCUGUUGGCAUCUGGGAUGGCACGAGAUUGGCCUGAUGCCAGGGGUAUCUGGCACAAUGACAACAAGACCUUCCUUGUUUGGAUCAAUGAGGAGGAUCACCUCAGGGUUAUUUCCAUGCAGAAAGGUGGCAACAUGAAGGAAGUGUUUACUCGCUUCUGUACAGGGCUAACACAGAUAGAAACUCUCUUCAAGUCCAAAAACUAUGAAUUCAUGUGGAACCCACACUUGGGCUACAUCCUGACCUGCCCAUCCAACCUUGGAACAGGGCUCCGUGCUGGUGUGCACAUCAAGCUACCAAACCUUGGGAAGCAUGAGAAGUUUGGAGAAGUCCUCAAGAGGCUUCGGCUGCAGAAACGAGGCACAGGUGGUGUGGACACAGCUGCAGUCGGAGGGGUGUUUGAUGUCUCCAAUGCUGAUCGCCUUGGCUUCUCUGAGGUAGAGCUGGUGCAGAUGGUGGUAGAUGGUGUGAAGCUGCUCAUUGAAAUGGAAAAACGCCUUGAAAAAGGCCAGUCCAUUGAUGACCUCAUGCCAGCUCAGAAAUAAAGCACUUUAUUCUCAUGCUUCCUAACUUAUUGGAUGAAUAAUAAAAUGUCACUCCAAUUUCAAA